GACCCUUAGGAUUCAUUUAUUCCUGGAGUUAUCUUAUCAUGGCUGAAAAUGACACAGACAGAAUCCAGACAGACAGACUCCUAAAAAGAGUACAAGAACUGGAACAGGAGGUACAAAGACUUAAAAAAGAACAGGCCAACACUAAGGACUCAAAUGCUAGAGAAAAUUCUUCAGGAGCUGGAAAAGCUAAGCGUGCAUUUGAUUUCAGUGCUCAUGGUCGAAGACAUGUAGCCCUAAAGAUAGCCUAUUUGGGCUGGGGAUACCAGGGCUUUGCCAGUCAAGAAAACACAAAUAAUACAAUUGAAGAGAAACUGUUUGAGGCUCUAACCAAAACUCGACUAGUAGAAAGCAGACAGACAUCCAACUAUCACCGGUGUGGGCGAACAGACAAAGGAGUUAGUGCCUUUGGACAGGUGAUAUCUCUUGACCUUCGUUCUCACUUUCCAAAGGGCAGGGAUUCAGAAGAUUUUAAUUUAAAAGAUGAAUUCAAUGAUGCUGCUAAAGAAAUCCGUUAUACUCACAUUCUCAAUCGGGUGCUCCCUCCAGACAUCCGUGUAUUGGCCUGGGCCCCUGUAGAACCUAGCUUCAGUGCUAGGUUCAGCUGUCUUGAGCGGACUUACCGCUAUUUUUUCCCUCGUGCUGAUUUAGACAUUGUAACCAUGAACUGUGCAGCUCAGAAGUAUGUCGGCACACAUGAUUUUAGGAACUUAUGUAAAAUGGAUGUAGCCAAUGGAGUGAUUAACUUUCAGAGAACUAUUCUGUCUGCUCAAGUACAGCUAGUGGGCCAGAGCCUGGCUGAGGAGAGAUGGCAAGAACCUUUCCAGUUAUGUCAGUUUGAAGUGAUUGGCCAGGCGUUCCUUUAUCAUCAAGUCCGCUGUAUGAUGGCUAUCCUUUUUCUGAUUGGCCAAGGAAUGGAGAAGCCAGAGAUUAUCGAUGAGCUGCUAAACAUAGAGAAAAAUCCCCAGAAACCUCAAUACAGUAUGGCUGUUGAAUUUCCUCUAGUUCUAUAUGACUGUAAGUUUGAAAAUAUCAAGUGGCUCUAUGACCGGGAGGUUCAGGAGUUUAAUAUUACCCACCUACAACAACAAUGGGCUAAUCAAGCUGUUAAGACUCACAUGUUGUAUAGCAUGCUGCAAGGACUCAACUCUGUUGCAGUACCCUGUGGGACAGGAACAAAGAUGGAUGGAGUGAUCGAAUGGAGACAUGUUAAGCCCUCUGUCAUAAAGCAGACCAGUGCCUUUGUAGAAGGAGUGAAAAUGCGCACAUAUAAGCCUCUAAUGGAUCGUCCUAAAUGCCAAGGAUUGGAAUCCCGGAUCCAGCACUGUGUACGUAGAGGACGCAUCGAGGACCCACGUUUAUUCAAUGAGACAGAAACAAAAGCCAAAGGGGAAUGUAAUGACACAGUAGAGGAAGAAAACGCUAUUUUAGAGAAACCAACAAAGAGAAUCUGUGUUGAUACAGAAAUUAAAAGCAUCAUUUAACCACAGACAAUCUACCAGGUUCUAGGAGGCAGCAACUAGCUGAUGGUCAGUGGGUAGAAAAAAAAUACAGUAAGUCCUAGAAUUCAGAUGAUUAGCUCUUAAAAAUACAGAAAACCAAAGAGAUCAUAGGCCCUGUUUAAGGAAGUUCUUGCUUGAACAGGAGAUCAAACAUUCCCUCAUUCCUGUCCAAAAGGAUUAAGAGAUAGAAGCAGCAAAAAGCAGAUGUAAAAAUGGAGAUGUAGUUACUUACACCUGGAAACCUGUGCCUUGUGUUAAAAUUUAUUAAAACCUGAUUCUACAAGU